AUGAUCAAAAAAAAAUUAAAAGAAGCACUUUUACAAAAAUGCAAAAACACAAAAUGGGGUCUAAGAGUUGAUAAAAGCACAAUUUCACGUAUUUUGAAAACAGGAGAAGAAAGGCUUAACUCUGAAAUUCCUAAUCCUGAUACAAAGCGUCACAGAGCAGUAACCUAUCCAGAACUUGAUCUUGCACUUAAAGAGUUUGAUCUUGCACUCAAAGAGUUUGUGCUAAUUUACCAAAAUCGAACGAUCCUAAGCGAUGCUCUACUUGAAUGGGAUUCGUCAACAUCAUCUAGAAGGAGAAGCUGA